UCCCUUAUAUGGUGAAGGAAGUUCCUAGGAGGGGGGGGGUGAGGACAAAGGUUGUUCUCCUGCAGCCAGCUUGCCACAACUUCCUAAGAUCUCCCAGGUGGUGGCUGCCUCUUCCAGACAGGCUCACCCACCAUGACCAAAUUGACUUCUCAAGUCAAAAGUUCUCUCAACAUCACCACUCCGGGAAUACAGAUAUGGAGGAUCGAGGCUAUGCAGAUGGUACCUGUUUCUUCCAGCACCUUUGGAAGCUUCUUCGAUGGUGACUGCUAUGUAGUCCUGGCUAUCCACAAGACCAGCAGCACCUUGACCUACGAUAUCCACUACUGGAUCGGCCAGAAUUCAUCCCAGGAUGAGCAGGGGGCAGCUGCCAUCUACACGACACAGAUGGAUGACUACCUCAAGGGCCGGGCUGUCCAGCACCGUGAGGUUCAAGGCAACGAGAGCGAGACUUUCCGAAGCUACUUCAAGCAAGGCCUUGUGAUCCAGAAAGGGGGAGUGGCUUCUGGCAUGAAGCACGUGGAAACGAAUUCCAGCAACGUUCAGCGACUAUUGCACGUCAAGGGCAAGAGGAAUGUGCUGGCUGGAGAGGUGGAGAUGUCCUGGAAGAGCUUCAACAGAGGAGAUGUCUUCCUGCUGGACCUCGGGAAACUCAUCAUCCAGUGGAAUGGGCCGGAGAGCAACCGCAUGGAGAGACUUCGGGGCAUGACCUUGGCCAAAGAGAUCCGAGACCAGGAACGGGGUGGACGCACCUACGUGGGUGUGGUGGAAGGGGAGAAGGAAGGGGACACCCCGGAGCUGAUGGCAAUUAUGAACCACGUGCUGGGCCAGCGCAAGGAACUGAAGGCAGCAAUUCCUGACACAGUGGUGGAUCCGGCGGUUAAGGCCUCACUCAAGCUGUACCAUGUGUCUGACUCGGAAGGAAAACUGGUGGUUAGGGAAGUUGCUACUCGGCCGCUCACACAGGACUUGCUCAACCAUGAGGACUGUUAUAUCCUGGACCAGGGAGGUCUGAAGAUCUUCGUGUGGAAGGGGAAAAAAGCCAAUGAGCAGGAGAGGAGCGGGGCCAUGAACCAGGCCCUGAACUUCAUCAAAGCCAAGCAGUACCCACCGAGCACCCAGGUGGAGGUGCAGAACGACGGGGCGGAGUCAGCCAUCUUUCAGCAGCUCUUCCAGAAGUGGACCGUGCCCAAUCAGACCACAGGCCUGGGCAAAACAUACACAGUGGGCUCCGUGGCCAAGGUGGAACAGGUGAAGUUUGAUGCUACGUCCAUGCAUGUACAGCCUCAAGUGGCUGCCCAGCAGAAGAUGGUGGACGAUGGGAGUGGGGAGGUGCAGGUGUGGCGCAUCGAGAACUUAGAGCUGGUGCCUGUGGAUUCCAAGUGGCUGGGCCAUUUCUAUGGUGGCGACUGCUACCUGCUGCUCUACACCUACCUCAUAGGCGAGAAGGAACACUACUUGUUGUAUAUCUGGCAGGGCAGCCAGGCCAGCCAGGACGAAAUUGCAGCCUCGGCGUAUCAAGCUGUCAUCCUGGACCAGAAGUACAACGACGAGCCAGUGCAGAUCCGAGUCACAAUGGGCAAGGAGCCACCUCACCUCAUGUCCAUCUUCAAGGGGCGCAUGGUGGUUUACCAGGGAGGCACUUCCCGAGAGAACAACACGGAGCCUGUGCCCUCCACAAGGCUGUUCCAGGUCCGGGGAACCAGUGCCAAUAACACCAAGGCUUUUGAGGUUACAGCCCGGGCCACCUCACUCAACUCCAAUGAUGUCUUCAUACUCAAGACUCCAUCCUGCUGCUACCUGUGGUGUGGGAAGGGAUGUAGCGGUGAUGAGCGUGAGAUGGCCAAGAUGGUCGCUGAUACUAUCUCUCGGACGGAGAAACAAGUGGUUGUGGAGGGGCAGGAGCCAGCCAACUUCUGGAUGGCCCUAGGCGGGAAGGCGCCCUACGCCAACACCAAGCGGCUGCAGGAGGAAACCCAAGUCAUCAACCCUCGACUCUUCGAAUGCUCCAACCAGACCGGGCGCUUUAUGGCCACAGAGAUCUUUGACUUCAGUCAGGAUGACCUGGAGGAGGAUGAUGUGUUCCUGCUGGAUGUCUGGGACCAGGUCUUCUUCUGGAUAGGGAAACAUGCCAACGAGGAAGAGAAGAAAGCCGCAGCCACCACUGUACAGGAAUACCUCAAGACCCACCCCGGAAACCGAGACCCUGACACCCCCAUCAUUGUGGUGAAGCAAGGAAACGAGCCCCCCACCUUCACAGGCUGGUUCCUGGCUUGGGAUCCCUUCAAGUGGUCUAACGCCAAGUCCUAUGACGACCUGAAGGCAGAGCUCGGAAACUCUGGGGACUGGAGCCAGAUUGCUGAUGAUGUCAUGAACCCCCAAAUGGAUGUGUUCACUGCCAGCACCACCCUCAGUUCUGGGCCCCUGCCCAUCUUCCCCUUGGAGCAGCUGGUGAACAAGCCCGUGGAGGAGCUCCCUGAGGGUGUGGACCCCAGCAGGAAGGAGGAGCACCUGUCCCUUGAAGAUUUCACUAAGGCCUUGGGGAUGACUCCAGCUGCCUUCUCUGCUCUACCUCGAUGGAAGCAACAAAACCUCAAGAAAGAAAAAGGACUAUUUUGAGAGUCACGGCUCUGGCUGUUCAGCAGUCCCGACCCUGCCUGUGAAGGCUGUGUUCUGCCAUUAUUGGUUUUAAAUCCUAUGCCAGCUGAAAAUGUCCAAUUGUAUCCGUGAGCCACAAUGUGAUAGUCCCUUUUGUUUAUAAUAGUGAUCUAUUCACUCCUUGAGAAAGAUGCAACAUCCCCAUGGAGUCUUGUUCUAGCGUUUGCUUUCCUUAGAGGAGCAGCCAGAUCCUCCUCAGUGCUAGGCUGGACACCUACAGGGAAGUACGAGAGGCAGGUGUCAUUUCCUCCUUCACAUUUUAAUAGGACCAAGGCAAAGCUUAGCUGAAGGACAACUCUGGGCUUGAAUGUUGUUACCCAGAAGUUUCUGCAAAGCUUCAGACUCCUCAGAUGACAUCAGGAACAUGGGUUUACUACAAGAAGUCCAAUCAGAAGCCAACAGAAGGUGAUUUCCAAUUAAAACAACUGGUUAUUCAAUGCCCCAACAAUGUGUCCCUUUAAAGAAAUAAGUCAAAAUAACAUAAGGUUAAUAAAGGCUUUAAUGUCUCUCACACUCACCAAAAAAACAAAACAAAAAAACCAAACUAUAUAAUUUAAAAAGGAAGCAAAAAACAUGGGAAAAUCAUAAAGGAUACAGAGGAACUGUUCUGCUAAAACACAGAUAAAGUGCCGUUCCAUACAAACAUCAAUAAUCAGAACCAGAAGUCACUCUGAACACAAAAAAGCCACCUCACAAAUAAUGUGACCAAAGCUGCCAACAAACCUGGGAGUGCCUCAAUCACCAAAGUCCAGGAACCUUGCUUCUGUUUUCCUCUCCCAGGAAGGAAGAACUGCCACCAAGAGGCUAGGGAAGAGUGAGGAGCAAAUGGGAAAAGGAGAGGAAGCUAGGGGACAGAUGCAUACACCAUGGCAGUCUCCCCCUUGCCCACUUAUUCAACAGGUCUGUUCAGACAACUGCCCUUCUUUGUUCUUGUAUCUGUCUUGACACACCUGAAUCCUGACCCAGACUCUCAUCCACCUUUCUCUUAGACCUAAGGGACUGUCUGUAACUUUUAAGUACAUUGUCACUAAAGUGUUCAUUCAUACAGGCACACCUACAAUUAAAACCUCUAAACCUUAGAUACAUAGCACACAGAAAGGAAACAAAGUAUCAGUCAUGUAUGAAUGAGACGUCCUUAAAUCUAGUAACCAAAGCAAAACACAAACUGAGUCUACUUCGGUGACAGAGAAUAAUCCUGUUACAAAACUCCCAUGAUGACAAUCAGUUACUUUGUUGAGGUUUUCACUAUUAGAGCUUUUGCUAAGAGUCUUUUACUUCAUCAAGGAGAGAGAAAACUGUAUAAUUUAAUAUUAGCACCCAGAGUUAACCAACCUGUAAGUACUACAUCUUAAAAUGUAAAUACAUCUACACCUGCUGUGUCUGCUACUGAGCUGUUUAGGUUAAGCCCGAUCAUAGAAAGUAGGCAAUCAACUUGGAAUCAGAAUAUAAACCAACAAUUCAUGGAUUUACUUAUUCUUCCUGCUGGGCCAUAACUUAUGAGCAUGUGUAUACACAUCUAUACCUACAAAACAAGAGUCCAGCCUCCCCAUAGGUCUAAAUGAUAGUCUUUGCUACUAAAAUAAACAAUAUCCACACCGAGCUUUUUAACUCUGUAUAAUACAGGGCUACCCCCCCC